AUGUCCUGUGUCCAUCUCAACCUUAACAUCCCGUCCUUCAUCGACACCCUCUACUGCAUUAAUCUCAACUUGACAUUCAUUACACAGAAGCGCUUUGAGACCCUUGUUGUGCGGCAUCAGAAGCUCGCCAGAGUCGUAACCUGUUCUUUUCCGGCUUCUGCUCACCGAUGGCGGAUUCUGGACGUGGAAGCCGCGGCCGCGGCCGUGGUGACUUUGGUCGCGGUCGUGGCCGAGGUGGAGGUGGUGACUUUCAGCCUCGAGGAGGAGGAUUUCGUGGCGAUCGUGGUGGCGGUAACGUCAGAGGAGAUCGCGGCGGCAGCAGCAGCUUUCGAGAUGAUCGCGGCGGCCGUGGCAGUUACGGAGGUGAUCGCGGAGGUCGAGGUGGCGGCAGAGGUGGCCGCGGCGGUCGCCCUCCUCCUUUCGACGGCGAAGGUUCAUUCUACGGGUAUGUUCACCAUCACAGGUUCCACGCUUCGGGUUAGCUAA